UGUUGCGCUGGGGGCUGGGUCUCUGUGUUGAACGUUUCCGGAAUCGAUAGAUGGCGGUCCCGUGGAGCGCGCGGCUGCGGCGGGUUGCGACUUCCUUACAGCUAAGUGCUUCUGAAAGAUUGCUUCCUGCCAUAUGCCCUUGGCAUAAUCUGCCCAAACGAAACAAUUCAAAUAGAACUUCGGUAGUUCGCUUUGGAAGGCAGGUCUACACCAGGCUGUAUCCUGUUCUGCUGGUUCGACCUGAUGGAUCUACUAUCAAUAUCCGAUAUAAGGAGCCCAGAAGGAUCAUUACUAUGCCAGUGGAUGUUUCUCUUCUACCAGAAGCUGAACGAAAAGCAAGAAUGCGCAAACGUGAGCCCAAGAAAGUCAAAGUAAAAGAGGAACAAUUUGAAGAUGAAUUUAAAGUUGAAGAUUACAGCAAAUUCUGGAAGAAAAAAUAAUCUUCAGAUUGUUGGAGUUUAGAAAGACAAAACUAUUAGUGAAUGACUUGCCUCGUGUUGAUAUCACUAGAACUUGGCAGAUUGACAGUGCACAUUAUUAUAUAAUUUAUAAGUCUCAAUAAAUGUUUUAUGAUUUAGUGAAGUUUGUAUUUCUACAGAAAUAUGGGGAAUAAUAAUCAAUGGAUUCUUAUUUGUAUUUCUAAUGUUAUAAGGUUAAACCACCUGCUAGGAGAAAUAUUUUGAAUAUUAAACUGUUGUCCCAUCUUCACUAUACCUUUCCAUGCCUUUUCUUCCUGCCUACAAUUACAAGGAUUUGACAAGCAUAUAUUUUGAUAAAUUGCUCAGUUCCAUGAAAACCUAGCCAGGUUAAAUUGGCUUGAGUAUUAUGUUAGGCACUUAUAAUGUUGUUGGAUUAUUUAAUUGAAAACAACUGUAAUGCUUCAUUUAAUUAUCCUAGGGAUAGAACAAUAUGUACAGCAAUCACAAUCUCACUAAAUGUAUGAAUAAUAGUUCUGGUACUAAAAUUA